AUGCUCUCAGGCGUGCUGCUCUUUAAUCAGAAGGGCGAGCUGCUCAUUAUGCGCGCCUUCAGACAGGACAUGCGGCCGCGACUCGCAGACGUAUUCCGCAUCCAGGUCAUCAGCAAUCCCUCCAUCCGGUCUCCGAUCCUCACCCUAGGCAGCACUACAUUCAGCCAUAUCCGGAGCGAGAACAUCUACAUCGUUGGCGUGUCCAAGGGUAAUGUCAAUGCUGCUCUGGUCUUCGAAUUCCUGUAUAAGCUGGUCAAUUUGGGCAAGAGCUACUUCGGACGGUUUGAUGAGGAGGCAGUAAAGAGCAACUUCGUUAUGGUCUAUGAGCUAUUGGAUGAAAUUUUGGACUUUGGCUAUCCGCAGAACACCGAGACGGACACCCUGAAAAUGUACAUUACCACGGAAGGAGUCAAGAGCGAACGAGCCCUCGAGGACAGCAGCAAGAUUACGAUGCAGGCCACAGGAGCGUUGAGCUGGCGAAGGGACAACAUCAAGUAUCGUAAGAACGAAGCGUUCGUCGACGUGAUCGAAGAUGUCAAUCUGUUGGUCUCCGCCUCUGGCACUGUCCUCCGAGCAGACGUCAACGGCGCAAUCGAGAUGCGGGCCUAUCUUACUGGUAUGCCCGAGUGCAAGUUCGGCCUCAAUGAUCGCCUCACCCUGGGCGAGAACGGCGCAGACGUCAGCCUUGGAGGACCCAUCGGUAACAUCGGUGGGCAGAAAGCCUCCAAAGCCGCUGCCGGCAGCGUCACCCUAGAAGACGUGAGCCUGCAUCAAUGCGUCAAGCUCUCCUCUUUUACCAACGACCGAACUAUAUCAUUUGUCCCACCCGACGGCAGCUUUCAGCUCAUGACCUACCGCGCCACCGAAAACGUCAACCUACCUUUCAAAGUCCAAGUGAUCGUCAACGAAAUCGGCCGUGCGAAGGUCGAGUACUCCAUCGCCAUCCGCGCCAACUACGGACCGAAACUUUUCGCCACAAAUGUCGUUGUCAAAGUCCCUACGCCUACAAACACGGCCUCCACCACUGAGCGCUGCACGCAAGGCAAGGCAAAGUACGAGCCCAGCGAGAACGUAAUUGUCUGGAAGAUCGCGCGCUUCACCGGCCAAAGCGAGUUUGUGCUCAGCGCCGAGGCGGAGCUGUCUGCGACGACACAGCAGAAGGCUUGGAGUCGGCCGCCGUUGAGCAUGCAGUUUAGCUUGCUUAUGUUCACGAGCUCGGGUUUGUUGGUUCGAUAUCUCAAGGUAUUCGAGAAGGGCAACUACUCAAGCGUCAAGUGGCUCACUCCCUGCGACGAGCACCUGCCAUUUGAACAAUCGUCGGACCCACCUUUUAAAGGAUUCAGCGAGGCGUUCGGUGGACUUCUUCUGACAACCUCCCGGCAACACUUGCAAGAGCCGUCAAUUCAUCGCUCAUCCAUGACUCCACACCUGUCCGGAGUACUUCCGCCAAAAGUCAUAGCACCGCUCAACCAGAAGAUCGACUACCACGAAAGAAAGCAGACAGACUCGGCUUGUGGCUCAACCUCACUUCACUACACGCCAGGUGACCGCAGCAUGGACUCCACGUCAUACUCAUCGUCACAGCUGAACGCAACAUUCACCGCAGCUUCAUCACCCGGCGCGAGUCACGCGCCCUCAUCCUCUAACAUGAGCUCACCGCUUAGCUCACCCACGGUCAGCCCCAUCACUCCACCUGGCCUUCAAGUCACACGAGGUGACUUGCUGCCUGCGAUCCAGAACCAUACAAACAAGCUUCAGGCUGCGAUCGAGAUUGGUGUUACCGAUUCUGCACCAGCCACGGAGGUCACGGAAGACACCAUUCGGCAGCGAUUGGCACUUGUCGUGGAGAAGGAGAUGGCUCAUGAGCAAGGUUCGGCGGGCGUGGAUGCGACACAUGAGGUGACGGGCGCAGAAGAAGGGUUUAAGACUCCAGGCUCGACCACGGAGAUGGUGACGGGCUCAGAAGAGGAGCUUGCACAGGCAGAUGCUGCCGAGACUCGAGGCUCGACCACGGUGUCAGAUGUGGCGGACAGCUCGAUCCAACAAGAGCCUAGGAGCACGGCGGAUGACAGUAUGCCAGAUGCGCAGGAGUCAGCGGAGGCCGGUGCGACAAGUAGCAUGAUGGUCGAGGGAGGGGUACCGCAAGUGGAUGGUGCAGGUGGAGCAGGAGAUGCUGCCGCCGCUCCUGAACAGCCUACGGCAGACCAGCAUCCCCAAACAACAUCCGCUCAGCCACCGCCACCGCCACCACUGCCCACUUUGAGAGAGCGAAUACAGGAUGCAGCCAAACACUUCAAGAGACCGUUCAACCAGGGCAACGUUGCGAUCGUGACUUCGUUCGAUGACUUAAAGAGAACCCUCCUCCUUCGCUCAAACAAGCUGUUCAGCGCUUCCGAGGUCCUGGCAGCACAGCCCAGUGUCCAGAGUGGCGGCGGCUCUGUCGAGUUCAUCUUUAUGCUUACAGCAGAUGGAAACGAUGUUUCCGUCAUGCCCAAGCUCGUAGUGCUGGACGGAACCCAGACCCUCGAGAGCUUAAGUGAAGCCUACGAGCCGUACAGUACGUCUGUGCAGGACGCCAUCAAAGUCAAGAAGGAAGCAUGUGAGCCGCAUGAUGCUGCCCCUGUCGAACAGCCUAUCUGGAUCAAAGCAUACGCCACAUUCCUCUCCCUUGUCGCGAACCCGGCGCGUACAAUCGUCUUCUCGAGCGACGCAGCAUCAGAGCUAACCCACCUCGAAGCUGCGGUAACCAUCGCAACACACCUGAAGGCGGAAGACACGGUUGUUGCAGCCUUCCAUCAAUUUGUGACCAAAUGGAUUCCCAAUAAUCUCUACGUUGCUAUCGCGGCUGAAGCUGCUUCGUGGCUCAGUAUCGGUCAUACGCUACGCUCACAGAUCAUUUACGAUGAAGCUUUUCGCCACGUCGCUGGAGCUUUCCCGAAAUGGCCAUGGAAGAAGCAACAACAGGAACUGCUGAAGGAAGAUCUCGAGGCGGUGGUGAAGCGCUCCGCGGACCUGCGAACGUUUCGUGAUCGAAUCGACAACGACCUACUAACGAUAUCCCAAGCCCAAGGCCCGCAGUUCAUCGCUCGUCGCCAGAGCCCAAACGAGUACCACACCGGCCACAUCUUCCAGGACUGGAUUGGCGUCCAACUUACGUUGUUGAAGCAGAUUGAGGCCGGGCUCACUUCAGUUGCCGGCACCAUCCAAGCUGCCGGCACACCGGGUCUCUGCGGGCACGCUGGGGAGUGCCUCACCGUGGCUGGGUUCUACCGUACUAUCAGCAAGGGCGGGGACGCUUACCUGCCGGCAGACGUGCUGGUGGUCUCGGAAGGUGUGCUCCACCACGCGUCGCUUCACAUGGAACGUGGAGAUCCGCCGAAACGGCACGAAGCGACGAUUCGCAAGAGGCUGAGUGAGCUGAAGCAGUCGGCUGCAAAGAUCGUCGCGCCACUGAUGAAGUCUGGCAUGAUGUUCGCGGAGAAGGAUACGUUGGAGUAUUUGACGUGCGUUGAGCCUCCGAAGAGCAAGAUGUGGUGUGAUGGCGAAGACGAUGGCGGGAUGGAGGUUUAUUGA